AUGCAGUUCUCUCGCGCUCUGAUUGCCCUCGUUGCCGCUAGCCUGGCUAGUGCCCAGGGCCUGCCUAAUAUUCCCAGCUGCUCGCUCAACUGCUUCAUGUCUGCUCUCGGGAGUGAUGGCUGCUCGGACCUGCUCGACUUCGCUUGCCACUGCCAGAAGCCCGGCCUCGUCAGCAAGGUGACGCCCUGCGUCAAGUCCGACUGCGACGUGGCUGACCAAGUCUCCGUCUCCAACGCCGUGGUCUCUCAGUGCUCCUCCGCUGGCCACCCCAUCGACGUGCCUCCAGUGCUGACCACCACUUCCGACACGACUACCACCACCACCACUACUACCACCACCUCGGCCUCGGAGAGCAGCUCGUCCGCCAGCGCUGCCCCGACCACCACCACCACUGCCGCGGCCAGCAGCGGUCCCGCUAGCUCGUCCAAGGGCAGCUCGACCCCGGUGUCUCCCUCCAAGACGGGUGGCUCCAGCCCUUCGUCCACCCCCGGCUACAACGCCGCUUCCAACCUCCAGGGUGGUAUGGCCGGUGUCGUUGCUGCUGCGGCCGCUGUUGCGUACGUCCUGUAA